UUCCGCCAUGAAUUACGAGAAGAAACGGAAAUUGCCGAACGAAAAUUGAGCGAAACAAAUUUUCCUAAAAUGCAUUAAAAUAGGUGUUUAAAGUCACGCAUCUCGAUAUUGGAAUUGCCGAUCUGAUAAUAACGAACUCAAAGACCCCGUUUCGGUGGUUUUUGCUCCGAAAUGGAGCCAAACGACGGAGGAGAAGUGUCCGUAAUCGGGGAAGUCGACAUUUCCGAGGAGUUGCCGAAUGGUGACGAUUCGGCCUUCAACGACGAUCAGCAAGAAGGCGAGCAGACGCCUGGAAAUUCUCAAUCUUCUGAUCAACAUUCUCAUCUCGCAGACCAUGUUUUCGUACAGGCAGCGCAGGCUUAUGUUACUGCCGAGCAGCUGCAGGCUGCUGGCCUCCCUCCAGACAUUAAAACAACCCAUAUCGUUAUUCAUGAUCAUAAUUUAGGGGUUGCAGACCAAGCCUUGAAAACCCCCACAACACCACUGCCUCCCCCAACUCCAGCCACACCACUCAGUAAGGAGAAAGGCUUCAAAUACACAUGGGAUCCUUCUGUUCAUCUUCCUAUUCUUCCCGUCAGAUGUAAAAACACGAGCGGAGAAUUAUUUAAAGACCGAUUUGGAUCUGGAGGUCGGGGCAAAUGUAUAAAGUUUGAAGAACAGUGGUUCACACCGAGUGAGUUUGAAUCGAUGUGUGGUCGUGCCAGCAGUAAGGACUGGAAAAGGAGCAUCAGAUAUGGGGGGAGGACGUUGCAGUGUCUGAUCGAGGAUGGCCACUUGACUCCCCAUGCAACAUCCUGCACCUGCAGUGCGUGUUGUGACGAUGAUGCAGUGGUAGGUACCAUGAAAAACACUGGACCUGUGCGAUUAUUCGUUCCGUACAAGAGGCGUCGACGUAACAACAGCGUGAGUGACUCGGAAGGGGCGACCUCGCCGAGAAAGCAGAGAAUCUGUUCCACCAAGUCCUCACCUUCUUUAGCUGCGUCGCCUUUAUCGAAGGACGGUUCCUCAUCCAACUUAGAUGCAUACACAUCUGUAGUUGUUGCCAUACCACAGACUGGUGGAGCCAUACCGCACGGCGCUGUCACAUUACCAGGUGGUGAAGGAGGAGAGACGGUGCACAUUGUCACCACUGAUGCUAGCGGAAACUUGGUCUCUGCUGGAGAGGGUACAGUUGUGAUGACAGCACAGCCCAACCAACUCCAAAUCGCCCAGCAACAACAGGCCAAGUCCACAGUUCAGCUGGGACCAGUGGGGCUGGAUGUGCAUGAGGAAAAACAGUGGUGGCAGCUUGAGGAGAUGGCCACGAACCUCAUCCAGCAAGCACAGCAGUUGAAGGCGGUUAUUGAGACGGCCAAGCAACAGUCAAUGCAGUCGAAGGAGGCAGCGCUGCAGCAACUCAAGAUACAGAUGGAGAAGGAGAAGAAUGAGGCUGUGAAUGCGGUGCGGAUAGAAGCACAAAUGAAUCUCGCACGAACCCUAAUCGAAGAGCGGUCACAAAAAGACAUUGCAAUACAGCAGGCUUUGAAUCAAGCCAGAGCGGAAAUGCAAGAAAAACUCGAGUCUGUUACGGUCGUCUCGUCCGAUGACAAGGUUCGAUAUAACAUACAGUGGACACCGGAACAAACCAAUCAGAAUAAUAGUCACAUCAUUGACACUGAACAAGUAGAAUUAGAGAAACAAAAUGAUGAUAAUGAUUGAAAACAUAGUGAUGGUUGUGACUCAUCCUUUGGUGUUUGUUUCGAGGCAAGAAUGUUGUGAGACUAUGUGCAGUGAUUGUGCUAUCAAGUUUUUGGUGUUAUCGUUGUAAGUCUUGGUUCUCUUGGUUUCGAGGAGUCGGUGGAAUUAUCUCAGAAGAUUUGGAUUCCUUGUUGAGGGCCUUCAGUAAUAUCAUGUUUGUGGUCAAGUGAACUUCAAAGGGUGGAAUUAUCUCAGAAGAUUUGGAUUCCUUGUUGAGGGCCUUCAGUAAUGUCAUGUUUGUGGUCAAGUGAACUUCAAAGGGUGGAAUUAUCUCAGAAGAUUUGGAUUCCUUGUUGAGGGCCUUCAGUAAUAUCAUGUUUGUGGUCAAGUGGACUUCAAAGGGACCGUUUAGAAUUUUAAACUCACUGAUCAUGGCCAUGUAUGAAUAAUGUACCUUGUUUAUUGUGACCCUAUAUUAAUAACCCUGUUGUUAAGUCUGGGCAUAUCUUUUGUGAGGAUAUGAAUUUAUUCUUUUCAUUGUUUUGUGCUACUACCAUGGUGCAUUGUGGUCCCACCAAAGUUAAAUUGGAAAGUUCUGUCAAUUUCGAAAUGAAAUUUUCAUUGGCCGGAUUUUCUGAUUUUAGUGAAGAUAUCACAGUCGUAGUUGUCUUCUCCUCUGGAAAUCUACAUGACCUGUGGUCUCAUUCAUUCCCGGGCCAAGACAACCACUCGUGGGUUAUUUCCAAUCCAAAAAAGACUUGUUUAGUCUUAUUGUAUUGGUAUCAAGUUCUUGAAUGAGGUUUACACGCCAUAAAAAAUGUUGUUGAAAUGUACAUAGCAUAAUAAUAAUAUUAGGGAAUGUAUGUAAAUAUUUCGGAACUUGUUUCAAUAUUGAUAAAUUUAUGUGUGACCGUGAAAUUUCAGGAUCUGUUUCAAGAUCUGUACUUAAUACUGUACUACAGUGUACGCGUAUACUGGGUAGUCCAUUUCAGGAGAAUACCUCACUCAUUCUUAUUUGUUCCAACUUCACACAGAAAUCACGAUAAGCUAUUCAAAUGUCUGAUUUUAUCAGACAAGCCUGAAAUAAUAUAAAUACCCAUGCUUUUCCAUUUUGAACUGCACAUCACCAUGUAUGAGUUAGUUCAGGUGUUUAUUACUCUGUAAUUACCCAUCAAGGCCAAUAUGGGCGAGAGAAGUUAUAGUAUCCUCCAGAUUGAACACUUGAGGAUCAUGACUUCAUCAUUCUUCUAACCAUACAUGCAGUUAAGUUCCAUCCUCCCUUACUUUCAGUACAUGAUGGGCAUUGAUUUGCAUGUUUUACCAGAUCUCGUGCAAAUUUGUCAAAAAGAUUCGAGGUCUAAUUUUUUCCGUGACAGGUUGAUCUGUGUUCUCCUAAAUGCCUUUAUGUGCAGUGCAUGUGCAUGUCCCAUCACAUAGAGUAUUCUGUGGUUGAUUCUGUAGAUGUUUUCAAGUUAUAAGAUUAUGUUAAUGUAUUUCUACAUGUACGAUUGAGCCACUCAAGUUUCUCGAUGGAAUUAAAAUGUAAGG